AUGGACGGCUCCUUCCUGGCCGUCCUUUUCGCCGUCCUCAUCUCCGCGUUCGGGAUCGAAAACGGCAUUUUUAUCGGCGUGGUGUUGCUGUUUUUGUAUUACCCUUUACGAGCGUUUCUGGUGGACAAAACCAUCCUCCUCCUUCGAUUCGCCAAACGGAGAGCGCUGAAAAGGAUACCCGCGUGGAUGAAAAAAGGGCGGUAUUAUAAAACCCACUAUCUUGGAAGGCGCUCGUCGAAAGAGAAGAAAGAAAUCGACGCGUUUUUGAUGGACGAUUCGACGUUGAAAACGUUUCAAAAGAACGCGUUGCGCUUGUUCGAUUUACCGCACCAUCCGAGAAGGUUACGGCAAGCGGCGUUGAAAUGGAAAGCGUGGAGGGAGAAGGUUUUGGCGCAUUCUUCGAAGAAAAUUAUUAACGGAUUGCCUUCGAUGUUGACGUCGAGUAAGUCGGCGUCGUCUGGAGGCGGCGGUGGAGGAGAAGGAGGAAUAGGGGUUGGCGAUCCCGGUUCGUCGAACGAGAAGCGAGCGAGGACGAAAAUGUUCUUGAAGAACGCUUUGAUUGAACGAAAGAAACGGAGAGAUGAACUGAAAAGCAUUCGCGGGGACGGUUUGAUGAACUUGCACGACGAGAUGAACCCCAACGGGAACCACGAGGAGGAAGAGGAGGAGGAAGAAGAAGAGGAGGAGAGACGGUUGAGAGCGUUGUUGCUCGAGGAGGAAGAGUUGGAAGAGGAGGAGAAGAAGAUGCAAGAGAAGUUGUCGACGGAAGAGGCGAUCGCGUUGAGACAGUGCUCGCUGUGCGACGCGUUGUCGGAUGCGCAAAUCGUGGAAAUUUUGGACGCGUCGAGGACGAAGAGCGCGUUUGAGAGAGGGGAGGAUGUGAGUGACGAGAGCGGUUUUACGAAACGAGGCGAGGAGAUUGCGAUUUUGUGUCGAGGCGCGUUUGCGAUUGAAUCGAUGGUUUUAGUUACGAGCGACGAUGGGGACGAAGAAAAAGACCACGUGGAAGAGAGAAUUGAUGUGAACGCGACAACGAUGGUAACGAGAGUUGGCGCGUGCGUUGGGUCGCUCGUGGAUGUGUUGGAUUUCUCGCCGCCGGCGCUACUCGUAGGUACCGGCGAAGCGACGGCGUCGUCAUCAUCACCAUCAUCAAAAUCCUCCGCAGCCGCCACCGCAGAAGGCGACACUCGCAAUAGUAGUAGUACUAGCAGUAGUAGUAGACAUAACAAAAGCAGGCUGAGAGCCGUAGCGGCUUCCGACGACGCCACGUUUGUCGUUGUUCCUUUGAAUGUGUUCCACGACGUCAUGAACCAAACGGUUGGCGCGCACGCUUUAGCCUCGCGGUUAGUCAACGCCGCGCGGUGCGUGUGUCAAUACCUCUCCUCGGAAACGGCGACGAAACCGCUGUGGGUGGACGAAGCCGAUUCUAAAUAUAGUGAUGAGGAUGGUGAGUUUCCUACCGUCGGAGGCGAACGAGUCAAACGCGGUUUAGAGCGUGUUUUAGGUCUCAACAAAGCGCAAAAAGUCGACCGGAGUGCAAUCGCAAAGUGUCUGGAAGAGCUCGCGGAGAGGAACGGGUCAUCCUCCAUCUCGAUGGAACGCGUCUUUACGCCUUUACUCCCAAAGAAAGAGAAGAAAACAACGUCCCCUGAUGAAAGUAUACUUAUGCAGCAGCAAGGUUCUGGAUCGACCGCAAACCGCGUCGGUUUUGUCAAGCGACUGUUUACCUCCUCCUCCGAGAGUGAUGCAACGAAAGAGGUUGUAAGCGGUGGCAAGAAAUCGCCCGCAUCCGUAAACAAGAAAAAUGGAGAUGCAAAAGAAACGCCGCAGCAGCAGCCACUCGCGCCGCCGGUAUACUCCGCGAAGCAGCAAACCGAAGAGGAGGAUGGAGUGGGGAAAACAGAAAACAACGACGAAGGAAAAGAUACCCGAGAAAAAGAAUCGUCGGUUUACGAAGCAACCAUGGAAUGCAGAUAUUACGCUCCCGGUCAACUCGUUUGUGCUCUCGGUUCCCAAGGCGCGGCGCAUUUCAUCGAAUGUGGCGUUCUCGAAGCGACCUUCGUAAAGAGCAACGACGUAAAGAAUAAAAACAAUUCGGACGUGUCCUGGCGCGCACAUCCAGGCGACGUCGUGCAACCGUUUGCGCUUUUAGCGAACACUCGGUCGUCGAUUGAGCUUCGAGCGGGAAGUUCCGGUGCUGUGGUUGCGACGUUAGUGUCGAGUGAAUUUCACAAGUUGGCUCGAUAUCGCGACGAAAUCGAUGUCGUUUCCAUCACUUCCGCCAGCGAUGAAGACGCUACCACUACUGCUGCUGCUGUUAUUGAAGUCGAAAACAAUGGCGAAGAAGGCGUUGAAGAAGAACAGAAGACGGCGGUAGUAAAGCCCCCGCGGAAGAAAUUUUCGAGCGUUUUUACAAAGAUUUCCGCUGAUUUAGCCAAACGCGCUCGACGUUCGCUCGCUGGUGAUGCUUUGCGGUAUUGCGGGUGCGAAUGGAAUUACGUACACGUCGGGGAACGCAUUCGACGAUUGGAUGAUAUCGCUUCAAAUGGCGUGAUGAUUGUAGCCACAGGGGUGUGUCGAGUCGAAGCGGCGACGUAUACGAAAGGCGCGUUUGCGGGCGUAUUUUCUCCGAGGUGGACGUCGCUCCGAUCGUCAUCGUACGAUGGAGGCGGUAAUAUCUCUGCCUUAAAGCAACGCGAUGAGCCAGCAAAUGACGUUGGUGGUAGUGACGAUAAAAAUGCUUCGAGUUCAUCCUUAGGAGGCGGGAACGCAAACAGCGCGUCUUAUUCUUCCGCCGGGAGCGGCGACUUACUCGGCGCGCUCGAGCACCACAACGUGUCGGGAGGAGUUUCCCGUCAAGGGCACGUGUCGCCAAUAUUUUCAAUUCCAGCGCGAUAUGUUGGCCCUGGUGAACCGUGUUCGGAAGAGCGCGUUCUGUUCGACGACGAUGAAGAAGAAGAUGAUGAAGAUGAAAGGCACACCAAUGUGCGAUUUGCGCGAUCUCGAGAGAGUAUCGACCACGAGUACGCGCAACAGCAACACCAUCGAAGGCUUCACAGAAACAGCACCGGCGGCAGCGGAGGCGAUUUCUAUACGAAUAAGAGCAAGAAGUUAUUCCUCCUGGCUCGAGCGGCGAGAGAUUCGCAGACACUUUUCGUGCCCGGCGCGAGCUUGGAUAAUCUCGCCAUGCGACACCCGAAGAAGUUUUUGCACUUCAUCAAAGCCGUCGGAGCGAGACUUUCGAAUUCGCAACUGCUACUCGCACGUUCGUCUCCAUUAUCGAACGAGGGUGCUGUGAAAAGUUCUUCUGUGAUGGAAACGACGCCGCCACGUAAGAUGAGUCCGUACGAUCGUCACGCAGAGAACACCAGCGCCGUCGAGCAACACCCUUCCUCGUCGUUAGCCGCGCUGCACUCGACUUCUCUUCAUCAGCGAAGAGGCUCGCGCGCGGACAAACCAAAACUCGUCGCCGUUGUUCCAGUAUCACCUGGCGCCGCGUUGCACUUGGACGCGUUUGUGAGUUCUUUGAUGCACUCCUUGCGACGCAUAUGCACGGCACGCGUCGCAGACUCCGCGGACCAUUUAGCCGAAGUUGGUUCAGCCGCCGUCGGCGCUCUGGCGCAAGAAGCCACCGCGUUUUGGUUGCAUCAACUCGAAGAAACGCACGACGUGGUUUUACUCAAAGGUGACCCGUUCCCAUCCGCGUGGUGCGCCCAGUGCGCGUCGCAUGCGGACGUUGUUUUAUUAGUCGCCUCCGCGGAUGACGAACCGCCGGUCCCUGAAGAAGGCAAACAGUUACAACAAAGGCUUUUGGGCUUACGAAGACACCAUCAAUUCAAUCUUGGAUUCCGCGAACUCGUUUUAUUACACGAAGACGCGAACGAUUCAGUUCCAAUCAACACGAGACCGUGGCUUGAAGCGUUCGGAGUCCACCGCCACCACCACGUCGGCGGUAAACUCGGCGGUAACCAAGGAUUACACCAAGCGCACGCCGGUCGACUCGCUCGUUCAUUACGCAAGCUCUCCGUUGGGGUUGUCUUUAGCGGCGGCGGUGCGCGAGGGUGUGCCCACGUCGGCGCCUUGAUCGCUUUAGAAGAAGAAGGCAUUCCAAUAGAUGCCAUUGGUGGUACGAGUAUGGGUGCCUUUAUCGGUGGGAACUACGCCCGAGAACCGUCCGUGCUCUCUACUCGGGUAAAAUCAAAACGUUUCGCGAAAAAUCUCAGCGGAUUUUGGAACAGAAUCGCCGAUUUUACGAUACCGAUUGUUUCUUAUUUCAGCGGUUUUCGCACGAACGGGGCGAUUGCGAGCAGUUUUCGAGAUUCGAAGAUCGAAGAUUGCUGGUUGCCGUUCUAUUGCGUGACUUUAGAUUUAAUCUCCUCGAGAUCCAUCGCGCAUAGAAACGGAACGCUGUGGCGGUACGUUCGCGCUUCGAUGACUUUAGUUGGUUUCUUACCGCCUUUGUACGAUAAAUUAGACGCUCCGGCAUCGUCGUCCAAAAACGCGAACGAGGACGCGGGACGAUUGCACGUCCUCGUCGACGGCGGGUACGCAAACAACGUCCCGGCUGAUAUGAUGAAAGACUUGUUCGGCGCGAACACGGUCAUCGCCGUCGACGUCGGCGGUGAAGGCUUAGAAUCGAAAAAGUUUGAUAACGCGUGGGGCGACGGCGUGUCCGGCCUAUCGCACGUCUUGAGAAGUUUAUUUACGCCAAAAUGGCUAGGUUUACGGUCCAGUUGUCCAACUAUGGCGGAAAUGCAAGCGCAUUUACCGUUUAUAACGGAUGCAAACAACGCGCGACGACGAAACGACGACGUCGACGUCUACGUUCGGCCGGACGUCCAAAAUUUUGGCAUCCUCGAAUUCUCCAGCGUGGAUGCGAUUGAACGCAAAGGAUACGAGCAAACUAAAGUGGUCAUUCGCGAGUGGAAGAUGCAACAACCAGAGUUGUGGCAACUCAUUCGAAGGUCGUGUCCAGACCCAGCGUUAGGAACGAAACUGCAAAAAGCAUCCUUAUUCCCAAAAGGAGGGUCCUAUGACAACGUUCGCGCCGAGUUUGGCAAAGAAUAUGAAGAAAAGAACCCGAGCCAUCGAAGCAACUUCGACAGCGACUCCAGACGAGGAGGAGGCAAAGGCAGCGUCAUGGCUAUAUUCAACUCAGUCAAAAACAACAAGAAGUUCUUGUUCGGUGGAGGAGGGCGCAGAAGUAUCGAAGACGUCGACGAAGAGUACUACGACGAAUACAGGAGAGCGAACAACAUAUCGCCAGACCAUUCGAUACUCCGGCGAUUUCGAACGAAUACAAAGGUUCAAUUCAGUUCAAAUAGGCCAAAAACCAAGCAUGGAUUUGCGUAUGAAUGGUAUGAAUACUUCCGGAGGAGGAGAAAGAAAGUGGAGCUCCGGGAGUUCAAACAACAUCCCGCCGUACCCGAAGAAAAACGAAAAGAAGAAACAAACUUGGUCUCCCGAACCGGUUUCGUCCACGCGAAACAAAAUAAAGGCGUCGUCGUCGUUAGAAUUCGGUAG